GAAACAUAAAUCCAACCCAAGAGAGAGAAUAGAAAAAAAAAAAACAAAGAGAGAGAAAGGGACUCUAAUCUAAUCUGAACCUACUUUGUGCCCUUCCCAAUUCCUUCUUCAAUCUUCAAUCUUCAUUUCAAAUCUCCAUUCUCUCACCUUUCACAAAUACUUUUCUUUCCAUCAUCAAUUGUAACUGCAUGGUUUCAAAAUCUAAGGGUUUUAGCAGUUGCAAAAAAAUCAAAAUAAGAACUUUGGUUGGUUUGAUGUUGGAAAUUGGAAUAGAGGGCUAAAUUAAAUCUGUAAUUUUGUUUGGUUUUGAGAGGGUUUUUAAGGAAUUAGAGAAAAUGGAUUGUAUAGGGCAUUCUUCAGAAUCAGGGUCUGGUUUAUGUAUUGUUAAAUCAGUAGAAAAUGAUGUUAGGUUCUGUAAACAAGAGUCUCCUCCAAGGGGAAAUGGAUCAAGGAAUACUAGUCCAAUGGGUCGAGUCGGGUCUCGGAACACGAGUCCUUCGAGGCAGAAGGUUGUUAAGACAAAACCAAGGGGUUUAGAUGAGGAAACUCAUGCUACAUUUGGUAAAGUAGUUCAUGCUGAUGUUCAAAUGGAGGAUAACAUAUGGGCAAUGUUGCCUGAGGAUUCUUUACAUGAGAUCUUAGCUAGAGUCCCUCCGUUUCUGAUUUUUCGCCUUCGUUCGGUAUGUAAGAGGUGGAAUUCGUUGCUUCAAGAUAGUAGUUUUCUUAAGUUUCAUUCUAGCGUGCCGUCGCAUGGACCUUGUGUUCUUAGUUUCUGUAAGAGCUCGUUGAUACCACAGUGUUCAGUUUUCAGUUUACCGCUUAAGACUUGGUAUAGAAUGCCUUUCACUUUUUUGCCGCAGUGGGCUUUUUGGUUAGUUGGAUCUUCCGGCGGCCUUGUUUGCUUUUCGGGGUGUGAAGGAUUGGCUUUUUAUAUACUUGUUUGUAAUCCACUCACUCAAACUUGGAGGACAUUGCCUAGUAUGCAUUAUAAUCAGCAUAGGCAACUGAUAAUGGUUGUUGAUCGGUUUGAUCGGUCGUUUAAAGUGAUAGCCACUAAUGAUAUAUGUAGUGACAAGUCAUUGCCAACUGAAAUUUAUGACUCAAAGACGGAUAGUUGGUCGCUGCAUCCGAGUAUGCCGGCUGCUAAUCUUUGCUCUUCAAAGAUGGCAUAUUGUGAUUCUAGGUUGUACUUGGAAACCCUUUCACCACUCGGUUUGAUGAUGUAUAGCCUAGAUAUAGAUCGUUGGGAACAUAUUCCAGCUAAGUUCCCGCGAUCAUUGUUGGAUGGUUAUUUGGUUGCCGGUGCCCAGAAGCGCCUUUUUCUUGUUGGAAGGAUCGGACUUUACAGCACUCUACAGAGUAUAAGAAUUUGGGAAUUGGAUCAUGCCAAAAUUUUGUGGGUGGAGAUCAGUAGGAUGCCUCCAAAGUACUUUCGCGGGUUGUUGAGAUUAUCAGCUGAGAGAUUUGAAUGCUUUGGACACGAUAACUUAAUCUGCUUCACGUCUUGGAACCAAGGCAAAGGACUUCUAUUUGAUGUUGAUAAAAAGAUUUGGUCUUGGAUUGGUGGGUGUGCUACUUUUCAGGCCUACAACAAUCAAGCUUGUUUCUACGAGCCGAGGUUUGAUGCUUCUAUCUACUAAUCUUGCGUCUAUGACAUGAUGUCAGAUAUUGACCUUACUCACCUGUGUUUUUUAUUACCUGACGUGUUUCUUUUACAAAUGAGAUUCUCUUUGACGAUUUCUUCCCCGACUUGAUGACUUGAAAAUGCUUACGACAUUGAAAUUAUGUAUCUUAAACUGCAACUUCUUCCAUGUUUGCAGGAUUGGAAAUGUAAUGUAACUGUUUUAAAUAUUUUCUUGAACCUUAACCUUACGUAACUUCCUCACGUAAAUGAGUUCUUCCCAACUUUAUUUCUUUUUGUUUUCCAGGGCAAAAUAACUGAUUAAGAACUUGGUUUACUUUGUAAUUUUGUGAUCGUGAUGCUGCGAUUAUAGAAAUUGGUUUUACUAGUUGUUA